UCCGCAGCCGCAGACAUGAAGGUCCUGGUGAUCCUGAGCUCCGUGUUGGCCGUGGCCCUGGCCAAGCCCGGCUACCUGGGUCUGGGGGUUCCCGCCGCCAUCCCGGUGCCCGCCGACGCCCCCGACGUGGCCGUGGCUAAGGCGGCGCACCUGGCGACGCAGGCGGCGGAGGCGGCGCGCAACACGCUGGGCGUGCCCGUGGCCUCCAUCGUGCCCGCCGACGAGCCCCACGUGGCCGUCGCCAAGGCGGCGCACCUCAACAUCCAGGCCGCCGAGGCCGCCCGCAACACCCUGGGCGUGCCCGCCAUCGCCGCCGCCCCCGUCAUCGCCGCCGCUCGCUACGCCGUGGCCGCCCCCGUCAUCGCUGGACCCGCCAACAUCGUCAUCGGACCUGGCGGCGUUCCCCUGGACACUCCUGAGGUGGCUAGCGCCAAGGCUGCCCACGCCGCCGCCCAUGCUCAGUCCGCAGCCCUGGCCGCCGCCACCCCCGCAGACCCCGUGUCUGGGCUGCCCCUGGCCGCCGUCUACGCUGCCGGCAUUCCCGCCAUCCACCACGCUGACGCCAUCGCCCACCUGCAGUACAAGGCCGCCCUCCUCGGUUAGAGGAGCACUGCUACAAAUGACAGUCAUGUACCUUUCACUCCUGUAAAUAAACUGUAAUUUUAUGAAAA